AUGGCUAACUCGGGCCAUCUAAUGCCUCUUCUCCUCAGAAAGAAAAUCAAAUUUACUGGUGAAUGGACAAGUUCCAAAUGGAAAACUGAGAGAAGAGACCCAGGGCUUAUUGGAGAGCCUACAGGAAGAAGCCCAGAUGCAGAAAAGGGAAGCAGCAAGAGUCUAGCCGAGAUCAACCCCUGGGGAACUCAGAGCCCCAUGGAAAGGUUCUCUCUAAAGAAAUAUACAUUUUUAAUUCCCACGGACGGGGCUCCUCCAGCUACAGCAGCCAAAGCAUAUUCAAUCUGGACAAGAAUUAAAGCUGCAAAUGGUGUGGUAUUAGCAACUGAGAAAAAACAGAAAUCCAUUCUGUAUGAUGAGCGAAGUGUAGACAAAGUAGAACCAAUUACCAAGCAUAUAGGUUUGGUGUACAGUGGCAUGGGCCCCGAUUACGGAGUGCUUGUGCACAGAGCUCGAAAACUAGCUCAACAAUACUAUCUUGUGUACCAAGAACCCAUUCCUACAGCUCAGCUGGUACAGAGAGUAGCUUCUGUGAUGCAAGAAUAUACUCAGUCAGGUGGUGUUCGUCCAUUUGGAGUUUCUUUACUUAUUUGUGGUUGGAAUGAGGGACGACCAUAUUUAUUUCAGUCAGAUCCAUCUGGAGCUUACUUUGCCUGGAAAGCUACAGCAAUGGGAAAGAACUAUGUGAAUGGGAAGACUUUCCUUGAGAAAAGAUAUAAUGAAGAUCUGGAACUUGAAGAUGCCAUUCAUACAGCCAUCUUAACCCUAAAGGAAAGCUUUGAAGGGCAAAUGACAGAGGAUAACAUAGAAGUUGGAAUCUGCAAUGAAGCUGGAUUUAGGAGGCUUACUCCAACUGAAGUUAAGGAUUACUUGGCUGCCAUAGCAUAACAAUGAAGUGACUGAAAAAUCCAGAAUUUCAGAUAAUCUAUCUACUUAAACAUGUUUAAAGUAUGUUUUGUUUUGCAGACUUUUUGCAUACUUAUUUCUACAUGGUUUAAAUCGACUGUUUUUAAAAUGACACUUAUAAAUCCUAAUAAACUGUUAAACCCA